GGUGAGGUGUUUUGUUGAAGUGAAUUGAGCAGGCUUUGUGCAAAUGCACACUCCGUUGUUUCUGUACAAUCGCUGAAGAGCACGUGCUGCGUGUUUGGCUCGAACCGUGCUGUGCUCGUGAAAAAAACCUUUUAUAUUGAGGCUAGCCCGCAUCCUUGCUGAGUGAUGUCAUCCCAGCAAAACAGAUAUAAAAAGUUCUCGCAGUGUAGCCUCCUUGUAGUGGUAAUGUCAUAGCAUUCACAAAACAUUCCAGUAACAUUGUAAGAACAAUUUUGUGUUUUGCUGAGAUUCUGUCUGACUCCACAAGGCAAUGAGAACAUCCAAGAGGGUUCAGCUGUGGAUUGCUUUUUUUUCUUUCUUUACCAUAUACCAAUGCUGAAAGUUAAAGUUGUUUCUUCAAUCUAAAUGGGUACUGAAUAUUCAAUAUCCUUUCCUUAAUGCUGAAUUUAGUUAUUUAGUAUAAAGAAGGGAGUUGGUAAUUGACGACCAAUAAAUCAAAAUGUGCAUGGGACAUUUUGGACUGCAACAACAUUUAAUAGGUAAUUUUUGCUUUGGUGUUGCUAUUGCUACAUCUUGGUAUCAUUGAGAAUAACCAGCCAUGGACAGUCUGGGCAGUGCCAACACGACGUUCGCUUUGGAUCUCUUUCGAACCCUGAGUGACGCCGGUGCGUGCGGAAACGUAUUCUUCUCACCGCUGAGCAUCUCUUCGGCUCUGGCCAUGGUCUAUCUGGGGGCGAAAGGAAACACGGCCGAUCAAAUGGCAAAGGUUCUUUGUUUCAAUAAAGCCCAGAAUGUUCACUCAGACUUCCAGGCUCUCAGCGCUGACAUCAACAAACCGGCCGCCUCUUAUCUCCUGAAACUCGCCAACCGUCUCUAUGGAGAAAAGACCUUCAACUUCCUCCCGGCAUUCUUAGAAUCCACACAGAAGUUCUACAGUGCAGACCUGGUGCCCUUGGAUUUCAUUGGUGCUUCAGAAGAGUCACGGAAGCAGAUCAACCAAUGGGUGGAGGAGCAGACAGAAAGUAAAAUCAAAGACCUUCUGAAACCAGGAACGGUUACUACUAUGACAAGGUUGGCUCUUGUGAACGCCAUCUACUUCAAAGGGAGCUGGAUGCACAAGUUUGACGAAAAGCAGACCCAAGAAAUGCCCUUUAAAAUCAGUCGAAACGAGAGUAAGCCGGUGCAGAUGAUGUUCCAGAUGAAGAAGUUCCCCUUCAACUACGUCCCCGAGCACAAGCUGCAGGUCCUGGAGCUGCCGUACCAGGGGCAGGAGCUGAGCAUGUUCAUCCUGCUCCCGGAGGAGUCCCCGGACGGCAGCGCGCUCAAAAAGCUGGAGAAGGAGCUCACUCUGGAGAAGAUCGACAGCUGGACGAGCAGGAGCAACAUGAGCACCAACGCAGAGGUCAGGGUUCACCUGCCCAGAUUCAAGCUGGAGGAGGACUACGAGCUGAACACGCCCCUGGGGCGCCUGGGCAUGAGCGACGUUUUCGACGUCGGGCGGGCGGACCUGACCGGGAUGAACGGGCAGGGGGGGCUCUACCUCUCCGCCGUGGUCCACAAGGCGUUCGUGGAGGUGAACGAGGAGGGCACGGAGGCGGCGGCCGCCACGGCGGGCAUGAUCAGCUUCUGCAUGCUGAUGGAGGAGAACUUCACCGCCGAUCACCCCUUCCUCUUCUUCAUCCGCCACAACCAGUCCCGCAGCAUCCUCUUCCUCGGGAGAUUUUCCUCUCCGUAAAAAAAAAAUUAAAUCAGAUUGGCGUGUGUUUGCAGCCCAAAAUUAAGGAAAAUUUUUUGCUAAUUCUGGACUUUUUUUUUUUUUUUUUGCUCUGCAUGUUUUUUUAUUUUCUUGGGGUUAUUCUCUUGGACUGCUCUACCUGAAUACGCCUUCUACCGGGCUUGCUGUGAAUGUCAUCAUCAUGUGACCUGACCGUUACAUACGAGCGGCUGUCUGUUAGGGCUGGGCCAUAUGGACAAAAUCAAAUAUCACAAUAUUUUUGACCAAAUGCCUCGAUUUCGUGAUGAUAUUGUGGGGAUGACUAUUGGUACUUUCACAAAAUUACCCUAUGAGAUUUUUGAUAAAUAAUCAUCAGUAAUGCCUAUGUAAUAACCUAGUGGGUAAAGGCAAAUAAUGGAACAGCUAGAACAGUCAGGUAGGUUCAGAAAAUGACAUCACUUGUCAUACUGUAAUGCUGCCUUUAAAACCAGGAAAAGACAACACUUAUGCCAUAUCACGAUAUUACGAUAUAGAAAAUCCCAGACAAUAUGUAGUCUCAUCACAAUAUCGAUAAUCGUAAUAUCGUAAUCGUAAUAUCGAUAUAUUGCCCAGCUUUUGAAACAUUCUUCUGUGGCACCCUUCUGUGGUUUUCAGUAUGGAAAUCCCACCAAUAAAACCAUAUACAAUAAGAAGA